AUGGAGGAGGAGUGCGUGAUUUCGCAAGGCAUCGAGAGGACGUUGCCCGCGGAGGAGCCCACUGUCGCCGCUGCACCGCCCGUGCCACCGUUGGGCGACGUGUUCGACGACGACCCUACCAGCUUCGACGACUAUGCCAUUCUUGGCCUCCCGUCGUCGUCGUACGCCUCGGUUCUUGGCGACGACAACGAGGACGGUGAGGCUUAUGAUGACCUGAGCGACAGUGACAGCGAGAUAGAAGACCAUGACAAUCAGGUGAGGUUCUGGGACCACGAUGCGGCCAGGAGUGAAACCGAUCUGGUGGCGGAACCUCUGAUGUUCCUGAGCCAAAUGACCCGGUUCGCCUCCUUCCAGGGCGCGACCAACUUCAUGCACACGUCCGCCGCACAGGCAAGCACCGGCGGUGAGGACAACCACGAAGGCGGGGUGAUCAUCGUGCACUACUGCCUCACCCUCUUCUCGGGGACCCAGAGCAGUGGACUUGGAGCCGUUCUCGACUUUGGAAAGGACCUUCACCACGUCCGGUACCUUGUCCCCUUCCCCGUCGCUGCCACCGACCCAGUGAGCUCGCUGCGCCUCGUCGGCGCCACACUGGCGGCUGACGUUUACUCGCACCAGUACUACAUGCAGCUCCAGGCGCUAUGGUCGAGCCUCGUCGCGGUGAUGCCAGUGUGCGUCCUGGCACGGGCCACACACUUCGUGGUCACCGUCGACGUGGGUGUGCUCCGGGGCGAGGACCGUACCCCGGAGCGCAUGCGUGAGGCGCUUGAGGCGCUGGCACGCGAGAACGACUCGUCACCCAUGGCCUAUUGUCUGGAGCAGCACCUGCUGGUGCCGGUGUGCUAUGACGGUGAGUCAGGUGGUGGGGGCGAUCGGCCAGCGAAGCGGAUGAAGAGGUUCGCCGUCACAGGGGAGGUGUGCGCCAUCUGCCACGAGGCACUGGAGCAUGGCCUCGCGGCGUGGCCAUGGUGCUCCCACGUCUUCCACGGCAAGUGCCUGGAGCUGCUCCUCGUCACGGUGCAGCAUCGCUGUCCUAUGUCCAUAUAUGCACCAUGCUCCCAUGAAAAGAAGUUUGUUUAUCAUGUGUUCAUGAAUUAA